UUGAUCCAAGUCGGAACUGUAUUCGGUUCACCAGCUGUAAGACUGUUGGCACAGAUCAGACAAAGCGGGACAUUACUGGUAGAAGACAUAACAGCCCGCGAAGACGCUGGGACGUUUGCACAGCCGGCGGACGCCAUGACAUCGCCUUCAAUCACGCUGGCAAAGCGAGAACUCGAAGAUAUCGUCUCUGCGUCCGUUUAUAGCUGGUCAAAUGACAGAUCUGCUGUGCCUUCCCCUGGAUCGCUCGAUGUGUUCUCCCAAAGACUUGCUUCUGACAGUGCUCUCCGAGUACAUCUAGGAUGCUCUCUUCCCUCGAUUUGGCCUGCCCUGGGACGUGUAUGGAGCGCUGCAGACGCUUCUGUCACAGCCGACGACUCAGAGGACAUAGCAGAGACGGAAAGCGCGAUCGUAUCCGCAGGAAAGUUCACGAGGAACCUCGUAGCUGGCGUCCCGAGCAAUCAAGAGCGUGUAUUUGAGAUGGAGCCGCACAUGCGAAGGAUCCUUCGGCAUUAUACGUCCUGGACGUUCGAAGGACAAGAGGGCGCAGUCCUCGUCACCCGCAUACUGGUCCAGGCCAUCUCGAAUAUAGUCACAGACAAUGACAACCUUCGAACGAAACUAUGGAGCUCCUACCUCAGUGUUCCAGAAGAGCAAUCUAUCCUCAUUCGUUUAUUAGCUUCAAAGGAUACUCGGACUCUGCUGUCUAGCGUGAUCCUCAUCCUCAACUGCACACAUGGUAGCAAUGAGAAGAUGUCCUCUUUCAGCUCGACUGCGACAGGUUAUCGGAUACUCGUUACUAUUCUUGACCGACUAGAAAAGUGUCUGGAUGCCCCCGAAACGACCGAGGAGGGGAAGGUUUUUGAACUGGGGUACACGUUGUUAUCGAACACCUUUGCGGCAGGCUUUUUCCCAGACUUCUAUCGCCGUCUCGCCAUAAAGGGAGAACUCGUGUCCCCACCCCAAACAACGCUGUUGAAGCUCAUGGAUUCGUAUCUUCAAGGCUCCUUAAGCCCGACGCCAGCUCACGGCGGCCUGUCCAGAGCGUCCAAAAAAGAGCUUGGUUGCAUAUUGGCCGAUCUAUUCUUUUCGUAUUCGGCAUUCCUCCACAAAGCCAUCCGCCAGUUUACAGGUGAAGUAGAGGAUAACAAUCAGAGCGUAGGUGAUUCAGAACUACCAGGCGCCUCCUCAUCGCCACUGCUGCCGUCAACAUCACUUGAUCUCCAUAUGCCGGCCGUUUGUGCUGCCCUCGUCCUCGUUGUCCAAUGCAUCAUCUCGAUGUCGCUUUCCGAGGAUGUCGAAGUCAACGUAUCCCCAGAGCCUGAACAGGAGCAUGGGAGCGAUAGUGAACGGAGCACCCCAAAAUUCAACCUAAAAAGCUUCCUGCUCUCGGUCACCAGCCCCGAUAGCAAAGAGGGCUUGAUUGAGUGCUUGAUAGAUGACUUACGGCAACUCGAGGCGUUUUUGCCCCGAAUUCAAUUCGGAAAGAACGUAGACGACGCCCGCGGAGCUGCCGAUGCGGACCUUUCAGAAACCUCGGACAACACUUUGGGUGACGCCGCUUCGACAGGGGCAGACGUUGACACGAAGGGGUUCGCGUAUCUCAAACGCGACCUUGUACGGCUGCUCGGCAUCUUAUGUCACGAGAAUCGGGAUGCACAGGGUCGAGUCAGGCGGUGCGGUGGAAUUACGGUGGUCAUGAAUCUUUGCACUGUGGAUGAGCGUAACCCAUACCUGCGCGAGCAUGCGAUCUUCACGCUUCGAAAUCUCUUGCACAAGAAUGCCGAGAACCAGGCGGUCGUGAACGAGAUCCAACCGAUGGAAGCGUGGGGAGAGAGCGGGAUUCUUCAUGAUACACCUGCAGCGGUCGGAAGGUAGAGCGGGAAGUUUGGGAGCACGUUUGAUACACCGUUUUCGAGGAUGCGGCGGCGUGUGUAACUCUUCUCUACAAGCGCCGCGAGAGAGAGAG